AUGCUGCGAAGUAGGGCAGGGAGUGUCGUUGGCGGUGGAAUUGGACGUGCAGCAGCGAUGAGCCUGCGCUAUUACGAUAUUGGACUGAACCUCACAGAUCCCAUGUUCCGCGGCGUGUACAACGGAAAGCAGUAUCACGAGAACGACACAUUGGAGGUCCUGAACCGGGCCCAGCAAGCCAACGUAGCAAGCGCUAUGCUGACGGGCUCGUCGAUUGCGGAGUCUCGGGAGGCAAUCGAGCUGUGUCACGAGUAUAAGGAACAUGCGGUGGCCCUGGGGUAUACGGUGGGAGUACAUCCGUGCUGUGUCAACGAGUUUGUCAAUGCGGACGCAAGGAUCGACAGCCCAUCGAACGAUCAGGCGGCUAACGCAGCGAUGCAUUGCGAAUUGGACGAUGCACAUGAAAAUCUGGCUGUGCUGUAUCGCUUGAUGGAGCAGCAGCUAGCUAGUGAUCCCCAGCGGUUCAAAGCGAUCGGCGAAAUAGGGCUCGACUAUGACAGAUUUCAUUACUCCGGGAAAGAAAUGCAACUGAUUUUCUUCGAGGAGCAGUUAAAGUUAAGCUGUCUUGUGAGUAACCCGAGGCUACCAUUGUUUCUGCACAUGAGGUCCUGUUGUGACGAUUUCGUUACAAUUUUGCGAAAAUUCGUAAAUGGUUUUCACGAUCAUGAAGACAGAUUCAAACUCAGUCAUCUUGCGGGAAGCGGUGAAACAGUGCACUACAAGUUUGAUCCAGAGAGAAAAUUUGUAAUACAUUCGUUCACCGGAUCACUGGAGGAGCUGCAGCGAUUACUUGACGUCUCGCCUAAUAGCUUUAUAGGCAUCAAUGGAUGCUCGCUUAAAAGUGCAGAAAAUCUUGAAUGUGCAUCAGCUGUCCCAAUAGACCGUCUGUUGUUGGAAACGGAUGCACCAUGGUGUGACAUAAGAAGGACGCAUUCGUCGUACAAGCAUCUUAAAGACUAUACAAAUCGUUUCAACUCGGUGAAGAAAGAUAAACUAGCAAAAUUACCGAGCGAUCAAUGGUCAAAUGUGAUGGUUAAGUCGAGAAAUGAGCCUUGUACCAUGGAGCAAGUUGCCAUUGUUGUCGCUGAUUUGAAAAAAAUGGAUCUCAACGAACUCGUUGAUCAAGUUUGGAGUAACACCACGGCCGUCUUCGACUCGAAUGUAUCUGAAUAG